AGUCUGCAACUCACUCAGUCCACACCAAUCUCUCUCUCUCUUCUUUUUGUGAGCUUAAUUUUCACAUUCAGCUGAGCUCUGGGAGAUUCUUCAGGCAAAAGCAACUAAUUAAGCAAGAAUGGUGAAGGAAACUGAGUUCUAUGAUGUCCUCAGCGUCAGUCCCUCAGCUUCUGAGGAAGAAAUUCGCAAGGCUUAUUAUAUUAAGGCAAGGCAAGUUCAUCCGGACAAAAAUCCAAACGAUCCUCUAGCUGCUGAAAGAUUUCAGGCACUAGGUGAAGCUUAUCAAGUUUUGAGUGAUCCAGUGCAAAGAGAUGCAUAUGAUCGAAAUGGAAAGUAUUGCAUAUCUAGGGAAACCAUGCUUGACCCCACAGCUGUCUUUGCUUUUCUUUUCGGAAGUGAAUUAUUUGAGGACUACAUAGGACAUCUAGCUGUAGCAUCAAUGGCCUCUUCUCAAUUAGCUGGUGAAGGUGACAGCCCUGAGAAAGUGCAUGAUAAAUUGAAGGCUGUCCAGAAAGAAAGAGAAGAAAAGCUAGCAAAAUCACUCAAAGAUUUUCUUAAUCAAUAUGUUCAAGGUGACAAAGAGGGAUUCUUACAGCAUGCUGAAUCUGAAGCUAGACGACUUUCUGAUGCAGCCUUUGGAAUUGAAAUGCUACACACUAUUGGCUAUGUAUAUUCAAGACAAGCAGCACAAGAGCUUGGAAAGAAAACCAUAUUCCUAGGAGUACCAUUUUUGGCUGAGUGGGUACGGAAUAAGGGACAUUUCUGGAAGUCACAGAUGACUGCUGCAAAAGGUGCUUUUCAGUUGCUCCAACUUCAAGAAGAAAUCCGUCGGCAAUUUAAAAUGGAUGGAAGUGGCCCUGAAAAUGAUGUCGAAUCACAUAUACGCUUAAACAAAGACACACUUUUGAACUCAUUGUGGAAAUUGAAUGUGGUGGACAUUGAAGUAACUCUCAUGCAUGUUUGUCAAAUGGUUCUACGGGAAAAUAAUGUUAGAAAAGAUGAACUUAAAGCUCGUGCUCUGGCGCUCAAACACCUUGGAAGGAUAUUUCAGGAGGAAAAGCAGACACGAAAUGGUGGAACUUCAAGAAGGAAAAGUUCUGCUGACACAGACGACGAUGGGAGCAGUUCCUAUAGCAGUUCUGAAGAGGAUUCACCACGACCACUUUCAUAUAGAACUCCUUUUCUCACUCAGGGUAUUGGCAGGCUCUUCAGAUGCCUUUGCAAUCCAGCAUUUGAUGUUGAUGACGAAGAGAUUGUGUACAAAAGCAAAUGAUAUCCAAUGCAUGAGAUUGUAUGUAAAAGAAGGCAAAGUUGACAAGCGUACGUGAGAUGGCAAAGCAUAUAUAUAAGUUGUAACAAAGGAUGAAAGCUGUCGUGGUAAAUGGAGGAUUUUGUUAUAUUCAUGCUAGAGAAUGG